AUGGCCUACCGGGAAACGUCCCGAGUCUACCAUGACGACGACGACUUUUACGAUGAAGAUGCCUACCGAACCACCACCGUUCGUCGGUACAAGGUGACGCCAAGCAGAGUCGGUCGCGUCGACGCCGACGAUGACAACCGUCGCUCCCACUAUUCCUAUUAUCCUGCCCGAAACUCUGGCGACCUUUUGCCCCUAGACACCCGCGACCGCGACCGUGCUUACGCCCCCGAUCGACCCCGCUCUGCAUUUGAGCCUCGGGAUGACCUCGAUCGAUUCCGCGACAGAGACCGUGACAGCUUCCGAGAUGGCCGGACAGUGGUCUACGAACGGGAGCGCGAGGUCGAGCGCGAGAGGGAUCCGCACUCUGCCCGUGAUUGGGAUCGCCGUUCCCAUGCACCAUGGGAUAACCAAGACGCAGAGACGGAGGUGCGUGUUGAUAAGCGCGUCGAGCGUCGGGAUGAUGGCGAGAUCAAGGUCGAAAGACGCAUCGAGGAGCGCCGUGAAGAUCAGACAGGUCACGGCGGCCCUGAGAUCGAGAGAUACCGGAAGGAAACCGAAUACUACGCCCCUCUGAGUCCGCCACCCGUUCCCCAGGCACCUGUUGUCAUUCAGCGCCCCGCACCCGAGCCGCAGAAAAUUAUCGUUCAAGAGGCGCCACCGCCUGCGCCUGUCAUCCUGCAACAACGCGAGAGCCCCGGCGUCAUGGUGGUCCGUGAGCGGGAGCAACCCCGUGAAAUAGCCCGCCGGGAACCUCGCGAUGACGAGUACUAUUAUCGUCGUGAGACCAGGGACCUUGGCCCCUACCGUCGCGAUGAGCGAGAGUACGCUAUGGAACGACGAGACCACCGCGAUCGUGAAUAUGACAGGGGCUACGGGAGCGGCGACGAGGAGUACUGGGUUAGGAGGAAAACCAUCAUCAAGGAGCGCUCACCGAGCCCAGACACUCACCGCCGCCAUCUCGCAGGAGGCGCCUUGGCUGGCGCUGGAGUCGCUGCCCUCUUGGCUAGUCGACGCGACGAUCACGGCGAGAUCGCCCCGAACCGUGGUCGUAAGGUCCUGGCGGGCGCCGCUCUGGGAGGUCUCGGCACCGAAGUCUUCAAACGAGCACGCAGCGCGUAUGAUGAGCGAUAUGGCGACAAUCGAUCCCGCUCUCGCCAUCGCCAUGAAGACAGAUACGACCCACGAUACGACGACCCGCGAUACGACGACCGCCGGUAUGAUGAUCGACGAUAUGAUGACCGUUAUCGGUCGCGAAGCAGAUCAUCCUCCCGAUCCAAGAUCAAGACGGGCCUAGGCGUCGCCGCCGCUGCCCUGGCCAUUGCAGGUGCUGCUAAGUACUACCAAAACCAGAAAAUUGACAAAGAGGAGGCCAGUCGCGGACGUAGCCGUACACGUAACCGUAGCUACUCGUCUUCCAGAUCACGAAGCGCGCGCAAAAAGAGCCGCAGCAAGUCUGUUGCCAAGGCGGCGGCUGCCACUGCUGCUGCGACUGGUUUGAUCCAGCACUUCCGCAACAAGUCGGGCUCGCGAAGCAGGUCACGGUCCAAAUCACGAAUCCGGCAAGGCGCAGAGGUCGUCGCUGCAGGUCUCGCAGGUGGCGCCGCGAGCAAGCUGUGGCACAGUCGCAAGGAUAAGAAGGAGGCUAAGGAACGGGAGCUGAGCGAUGAAGAGUACGAAGAAGAGCAACGUCGUCGAGACCGGGCCGCUCGUCGUCGGUCUCGUAGCAGGUCACAGGCCAGAUCCCUCUACUCCGAGCCGCGAACUGAUGGCCCGAUAGGUCUGGUUGAGUACGGCACCGACCCACUCCCUCCUUCGCAGCCCCCCUAUCCGACCAACGAUUACGGCUACGAGUCGGCUUCAAGCCAGCGGAGGCGGCGACGCUCACGAGGUCGCGGUGCCGACGAUUAUUCUCCUUCCGGAUCGGAUACGGGUAAGAAGCGCAGCCGCAGCCGGAUAAGAGACAUGGCGGCAGCCGCUGUCGGUACAGGCGCCGCGGCCAUCGGCAUUAAGGAGUACAAGAAGAAGAAGGAUGCGGAGAAGGAGAGGGAGGAUGAAGCCGCUCGCAGGGCGCGAGAAAGGUCUCUUUCUAGAGACUACUCUCGAGACCGCUCACGAAGGCGAGACGAAGGUCGCAGACGUUACGAAGAAGAAUCGAACCCCAAUCCGCACUACGACGACUACAGCCGUCCUCCAUCUCCACCACAUGCUUCAGGUGGUGCCUAUUACCCUACGCCCACCGGAUCUGGGUUUUCUCAGAACCAGUCUGUCAAUGACCCGUACCCGCCUUACAGCCCCCAUGCGUACACUGGAUUCCCGCCUCCACAGCCGGGCGGGCCACCAACUGCUUCAGGAGCUGCGGGAGGCUUCCCAACGCCAACCCCAGGCGGACCUCCAUUGUCGUACCAAGGCGGGCCUCCCCCCAUCGGCGGUGGCCCACCCCCAGCAGGCGGCAGACUUGGCCCCGAUCAUGUGAGUGAUGACACAUUUCACACCACCACUCCCAAAGACUCAGUCUCCCGAAAUGCGGCGCCGCCGAUUGCCACGCGUGAGGAUGGUUUGAGGGGGCAGUCGCCUCGGCGACGAGAAAGACGGUCGGCGUCAAUUUCAUCGUCCCCGGAAGCGAUGAGGUCUGCGGACGCAAUGUCUAUGGGUGCGUCCACAUCUGCUACGAAAUCCGUCACAUGGGGUCCCUUGUCGCCUAAGUCAUCUUUCACGCUGGAACGACAUCGACAAGUCCACGAGCAGCAACUCGAAGAGUCUACUACAGACAGUGUCGAGGAAGGGUUUGAGCCACCAGUACUCAGCGAGGCACAGCUGGCAGCUCUUCGUCCAGUUCCUUUGCGACGACGCUCUUCAGAUCCCACCCCAAACCGGCCUAUAGCACGUCGCGGUCGCACCUCUGAGGUUGAUAACGACGUUGAGGACUUGCCGGAUAGGUUUGACGAUCAUGGACGACCAUUAGAUGGCAGGGGCCUGACCUCGCGGGGCCCCAGAUACCAAAGCGGGAGCUUUGAGUACCGACCGCGUAAUGAUGACCAAGGAAAGUGGAAUGUCAACGGUUCAUGGGCUGCGACAGGAACCGACAACGAGGUGGUGCAUAGGCUCAUGGGUGACGUGGAAGGUUUGGUUUCGGGUCGCAAGAACUGGGGAGAUGUUUUGCAGGACCUUGUCAAGGGCUUGCAGAGUGGUGGAGGGGAUGACGUUUUGGAUGACCGCCAGCGCAGGAGCCGAAGGCACACAAAGAGAAGGGGACUGGACUAUGACUAAUGAUUGGAUUUCCUGAUAUCGACUGAUCGACGUAUGGGUGUGUUAGAUUUUCAUGACUGACGAUGAAUGAGGGAAUUUUUUUUUUAUUUUUUUUUUCUUUUUUCGCGUUGUUCGCUACAGGUUUGAAGUUCGUCGGCAUCUAUGUUUCUUGUUUAAAUGAUGCAGUAACUCGAGUAGCACGUGAAAUCGA